CGUAUUUUCGGGCUCGUCUCCUCGAGAUCAGCAGUACCAGGUCCUGGUGGUUCUUGGGGCUCUUUCUGGGUUGAGGUAAUUCCCAGGACUGAUACUCCAUUUCUCCUCAUUCAGAAGGGCAGCCUGGAUCCGGCGGCCCUGGGCACUUGAGGCAAACUGAAGCAACCUGUUCCAACAACUGCGGUCCAAGUUAAGGUGGGGACGCAGCGGAGCGGCGGCAAUGGCGGCGGGCAGCAUCCGCGCACGUCCCCGCGGAGGGUGCACAGCCAUAGACGGGAAUCCGUCUGCGGGGACCAGGAGACCGCGGUCCCGAGCUACAGCGGCGCGCAUCCACGUCCCACGCGCGGCGGGGCUCCUGGCGCCCCGCGUCCGCAGCGGGAGCCCUCGGGAAGCGCUCCCGCGCGGCGAGGGGCGGCGCCGGGCGCGACGGCAGGCGCGGGGCCCUCUGGGAGGCGCGACGCGACGGCGGCCGCGGGGCAUGCUGGGGCUUGUAGUUCCGCCGCGCGGUCGGCCGGCGCCUCUCGGCGCGGCGGCUCUUAGAUGCCAUUGUCGCCGGAUGCCCGCUUCCUCCGUGUCGGGCGAGAGGCCCGACCCGGCUUGGAGGAGGGCUAAGAGCGAGUCCCUCAGAGUCCGCGUGCCCGGAAGAAAUACGGCGGGGGGCCGGGGCCCCGGGCCUUCCCCCCGGCGGCCGUCCCGGCGCGGGCUCGGGAGGCAGUCGCCAUGGAGCCCGGGGACCGAGGGUCCUUUUCUGAGGUCCCAAACCUUGCCAGUGCUGCAGAGCCAAAAGAAAGUGGUGUGACUGACAUGCUGCUGACUCCUGGGUCACAGGAGUCGUUGAGGAUCAGGGAUGUGGCUGAGGCUCUCACCCAGUGGGGGCAGCUGGCUGCUGCUCCAGGAGAUAGACCUGAGAAGCAUCGCAGUCUGGUCCUGCUGGGACUUCCAAUUUCCAAGCCUGCUGUGAUCUCUCAGCUGGAGUGUAGGGAGGAGCUGGAGAGAGAAGCCUCCAAAGCAGCCAGUCCUGACUGGGAGACCAUUCCAGAAAGCAAGGAGCUAACUCCAGAGAAGGACUUUGCUGAAGAGGAAUCAGCGCCUGGGUUGUUGAUAGAAAGAUUUCCAAAGGAAGGUUCCAGUGGACAUGAAGACUCUUUAGAGAGUCAGCAGGAAAACCAUGAGAAACCUUUGAUUCAAGAAGUCGUCACUCAGAAGAAACUUUCUGGAGAGAGAAGCUACCAGCGUGAUGAGUUUAGAAGGAAUCCGAGUCGGCGGUCGUUGCUGGUCCAACAACAAGAAGAGAGACUUCAUAACUUUGAUUCAUUUAAAAAGAACUUGAAACGAAAUUCAGACAUACUUAGACAUGAGAGGAUGUGUGCAGGGAAGAAACCUUGGAAGUGCGACGAGUGUGACAAAGCCUUCAGUUACUACUCGGCUUUUGUGCUGCAUCAGAGGAUCCACACGGGAGAAAAGCCCUACGAGUGUCAGGAGUGCGGCAAGGCCUUCAGCCAGAGCAUCCACCUCACCCUGCAUCGGAGGGUCCACACCGGGGAGAAGCCCUACAGCUGCCACGAGUGCGGCAAGGCCUUCAGCCACCGCUCAGCCCUCAUCCGCCAUCACAUCGUCCACACCGGCGAGCGGCCCUACGAGUGCGGCCAGUGCGGCAAGGCCUUCAACCAGAGCUCCUACCUCACCCAGCACCAGCGCAUCCACACCGGGGAGAAGCCCUACGCGUGUGGCCAGUGCGGCAAGGCCUUCAGCCAGAGCACCUUCCUGACCCAGCACCAGGUCACCCACACUGGCGAGAAGCCCUACAAGUGCAACGAGUGCGGCAAGGCCUUCGGUGACCGCUCGGGCCUGAUCCAGCACCAGAGGACUCACACCGGCGAGAGGCCCUACGAGUGCGGCCAGUGUGGCAAGGCCUUUGGCUACUGUUCGGCCCUGACCCAGCACCAGAGGACUCACACCGGGGAGAAGCCCUACAAGUGCACCGACUGCGCCAAGGCCUUCAGUGACCGCUCGGCGCUCAUCCGUCAUCAGAGGACACACACUGGAGAGAAACCCUACGCGUGCCAGGCCUGCGGGAGGGCCUUCAGCCAGAGCUCCUCUCUCACCAAACAUCAGAAGACUCACACCGGGGAGAGGCCCUACUGGUGCCAGGCCUGCGGGAGGGCCUUCAGCCAGAGCUCCUCCCUUUCUCAGCACCAGAAAACACAUGCUGGAGGGGGAAGGAAGGAACACGCAGCCGCCCUCAGUCGGCACCCAGCCCUCGGCCAACAGAAGAGGGUUCACACUGGGUGAAUGCGCGUCAGGGUGGACUCAUGGCGUUUCCUGGACAUGCCGCGAGGACCACAGAAAAAGUGACUGUUAAAAAGGUCAUCGUCGAUGUGGACAUAGCUCACUAGACUGCUAAAGGGGGUUUACAUGGUUUAAGAUGUCCUAAGGACGGCGUGUGACUUCCCCUGGGGAAAGGGGAAGUUUAUGUCUAAUGUGUAUGUAAACUACCAGCUCGAGAGAACUAGGGCGUGCCAGGGUGGGGGCGGGGAAGGGCAUCUCCUCAUGCUAAGGGAUAGAGUCCUACAGAGAUCAGUGGUAAGUUGCAGGGGUAGAAAUUAGAGAUGGGGAUUCACAAUGAAGUCAUCCUCCAGGGUGAGGAUGGUGGAGGAACAAAGGUUGUCCUUCAGCCUUUAGCUAAGGAUACAAAGGAGGGAGAUGGAGAGAACUGGGGAGAGCGCCCUUGAGUGCUGAUGGAGACAACAGCUCCGCUAAGUGCUCACAGCCAGCAGCAGCACUGGGCUUGCUCAGAAGGCACCAUACCGACCGAAGCUAAGGAAUGCUGCCCGGGGGCCCUGCCACUCCUGACCAUCAGACCUUGCUUACUGAGAUGUCCCCUACUGAGAAUCAAGUUCAUUCCAAGGGUCACUGCCUACAGCUCAGAGGGGAGCGAACAGAAGAGACCUUUGAUGUGUCCAGCCUUUUUUAACCUAUCUGAGUUACCUGAGAGUGUUUAUUUAUAAGGAUUUACCUCAGUUGUUUGUAGUUUGUACUUUAGUUUUUUUAUACCAUAGUAAGACUUAAUUGUAAACUUGCACUGACAUUGCAUAUUAGAUUGUGAAAAACUUGAAGAGACUUUGAAACACUUGUCCUUCACUGUUUUUCUCUUGACUCAAGCCAAAUGACAUCUUUGUGUAUAACAUAUUUAAUUGAAAUUGUGAAGGUUAUUAUUGGAAACAUUAUUUUGAGAGCAGAGUUUUUAAUUUCUGGAAGCUUCACUGUGUUGUUUUGAUGUGGAUUUCUUUGAGUGGGCCCCUGGAGUUUGUUGAGCUGCUUUAAUCUGUACAUUUAUGUCUUUUGCCACUUUGGGGAAUUUUCAGCCAUCAUUUCUUCAAAAUACAGUUUCAGACCAUU